CUUGACCGUCUCUAAUCAAGCAGAUACACUCGGCCGCGUCUGACGUGCCAAUCAAACAAACAAAUAAAUAAAGUCAACAUAGUGAUAAACAUAUACAACGUUAUAGCUUACUGCUCCGAACAGACCUAUCCGAGUUAGCGUUGUUUUCUCUGGGAAUACCGAACCUCAAUUACACUAAUAAAAUCUAAAGCCUUUAAGUAAAUAGUGGUUGGCAAAACAUUUGAGAGAUCCCCCGCCGCGUUAUAUAUAGUAGUGUGAGUGUAAUAAGUUCAUUUGGUAUUGAGUGGUGAAUAUGAGUGGGAUGCAGAAGUAUAGCGUGAGCAGCAGCAGCAGUAGCAGUGAGGAUGAGAAGUAUGAGAUGGUGCCGCCUGAAGGGGGGUGGGGGUAUCUCGUUUGCAUCGGCCUGUCUGUUAUUUUUAUCGCCGGCACGGCACACCAGCCAGUAUUCGGGUUCAUCUACAACGAGUUCCUGGAUGAUGUGGGCGCGGGGACUGGCGCCGUGACUGUCGUAUACGGAGUCUUCCAAGUCACUUUAGCUAUUGCAGGAUUUUCGGCGAACAUUGCUCUAAAGAGGCUAUCAUUAAGACAAGUGGGUCUCAUCGGAGCAUUUAUAUACACACUAGCGUCCUUCCUGGCCAUUUUCGUCACGUCAACGACCCAAUUAAUCAUAACUAACGGCUUUCUCCAAGGCUUAGGCAUGGGUCUCCUCAUUCCCAUUUCAUACACAAGCUUCAACAGUUACUUUACAAAGAAAAAGGUGCUCUAUUUGAGCCUGUGUAAGGCUUCUAUUGGGAUGAUCACGAUGGUGUAUCCGCUAUUCAUCAAGUUUACUAUUACUGAGUUCGGGUUCAGAGGGACGUUGGCUGUAUUGUGCGCUAUUUCGGCGCAUAGCAUAUUCGGGGCUGUUGUGAUGCACCCGGUCGAGUGGCACAUGGUGAAACAGAUCAAGCCAUGCGAGAAAAUAGUUCUAAUCCCACCUACUCCCGCCGUUGAAAAAGAAUCCCAAUUCGAAUUCACCAAAGACGGGCACACUCUAUUGCCCCAGCUGCAAACAAACACAGCAAAAUCCGUCGAAAACCUAUACAUCCACGCUCAGAUCACCAGAAAAUCUUCCGAUUUCCUCUUCGUACCGAAAUUAACCGACUCGAGAAGAUUAAGCAUUCCUGUGGUCCUAAUACCCGAGGACGGCAAGACUGAUAGCAGAUUCAACUCAUCAGACAACGUGUAUCUCGAGAACUUGUAUAAAGCCGCCUCGGUGUCGAGUUUGGGCAAUUUCGGAGGUAUCGCGGCCGAGCCGAUGCCGAUCAUCAAGAACAAAGACGGGAAAUGGCAAACUGUCGCGGAGUUCUUAGACUUGACGCUGCUGAAGGACUGGAUAUUCGACAACAUUGCUUUCGGGAUGUCGCUGGCUUUCUUUGCCGACCUCACUUUCUUCACGUUGGAGCCGAUGUUUUUGGAUAAAAACGGCUUAAGUCGGGGCGAGAUUGCAACCAUAAUAGCGAUAGGCGGCGCCACUGAUAUGUCAGCCAGGUUACUGCUUGGUGUCACCGGCCAUUUCUUCACUCUGAACAGCCGUUACAUGUAUUACUCUGGAGCGCUCUUCACUGCGAUAUUCCGGAUAGUUCUCACCCAGUGCACCACCUAUCUUCCGCUCCUGAUCUUGACCGGCAUUUUGGGCUCGUUACGGUCUCUGCUGCACAUAGCGCAGCCUAUAGUGAUGGCAGAGCAUGUUCCUAUUGAGCGGUAUCCACCGGCGUAUGGACUGUACAUGUUAAUCACUGGGGCCUUGAGUUUGAGCGUCGGGCCUUUGAUAGGUUUCGUCCGCGACUACACCGACAGCUACGAGAUCGCGUUCUACAUGCUCACAAUCUGCAACCUGUGCUGCGUGGUCCCGUGGACCAUUGAAGCCAUCAUCAGAUUCUCUACCCGAAAAACCACUCACCUGGAAACGUGAUGGAAGCAUUAACUUUACUGUGAAAGAACCUUUAGAAGAGCAAAGACUGUGACUUGUAAAUAGUGUAGCUAAUAAAUUACGGUAUAGCUCAUAAACGUCUUGACGUCUUUCGGAAAGGUUGGCCUAAUAUUGCCACAGAACGAGAGGCGUGGAAGAAAGAGAGGGAUGCCUUUGCCC